AUGGAGAGAGACAUAAAGCGUUCUUCCUUUUCCUCCGCAUCUAUGCGUAACGUUUGCAUUAGCGAAGUUAUCUAUCAGUUUGUUAUCAAUCAGGAGCAUGUUAUAGCAGCAAUUGAUGUCAAAUCUGAAAAUUUCGAAAUUAUUACAUGGUGGUAUGCAUUUCACUGGGUGGUUACUUACGAGUUGUUAGAGGUGAAUGAUAAAUUAGGGGUUAUAUAUCAUGGGUGUUGGAUAGAUGGAUUCUUUGACUUAUGGAUUUUCAAGAAGACUCAGGAAAAAGAAUGGCAUAGACAUAUGAUUCGAUUUCCUUCAAUGUGGAAAAACGUAGUGUCUAGACCUACAUCAUCCUACAUGUCCGGUGAUGCGGAGAUUGUAUUCGUGCUUAACUUAUAUUCAGUUGCUUUAUGUUCGUGUUAUGAUGUCAAUACAAAAAUUAGGAGAGAAUUAGGAAUCAAGCAGCUUCCUGAGAAGACCAAUAUCAAAGGCAUUUAUAGUUAUAUAGAAAGACUAGUCAUGUAG